UUUUAGCGCAUCUGCGCAUGCGUAGAAGAUCGAUAUUGCUGAUGCUAUAGCUGGUUAAAACUCCCUUUCAUUUCGCUACAUUUAUCGAUCAAAGCGCGCUCUUGUAGUUUUCUUGGAUCGAUCAGUUCACAAUCGAGUAAUCGAAUGUGUUGAAUCUGAUUGCGUCUUUGACAGCGCUGACUAUUUGAAAAUGUUUGGAUUGAACUACGUGGGUCUCAAGGUUGUUACUGUGAUCUGGUGACAUUUUAAGCAGUUUAAUGCUGUUUUUGAAACACCUUAUCAGAGAAGUAGAACUUUAAUUAUAUCCAUCAUGAAGGCAUACCACCAUAAACAGGAUUCCGAAGAAACUUCUGAAAGGCAUGCAAAGACUCCCGAGUCACCAGUCCUGAAAGUAGAUGAUCAGUUCAAACUUCUACGACCAUCAAAAGAACUCCUGUAUUAUAGGAGAAAAAUGAUGCAAGUAAGCAAAGAAUUUCAAGAAAUGGUUGCAAAGGUUGAAAGAUGUAAAAAUGUUUGUGAAGAACAUCAUCAGUUAGAAGUGGAACUCCAAAAACGACACCAUGAAGUUAUUCAAUUGCAAGAAGCUGUCAGCGAUCUUCAAGUGCAUCUAUAUCAGGAACGUGAACAAGUUUUGCGAUUAUAUGCUGAAAAUGACCGCCUUAAGAUUCGUGCUCUUCAAGAUAGAAAGAAAAUAAACUACCUCUUGUCCAUGACAUCAACAUCAGAAAAAGAAUUAAAUUUGAUUUGCACAAGACCUUGGAGAACUGUAGUACCUCAAAAAGGAACUUCUGCUUUUCCGAAUAAUUCAUCAUCUUCUAAAUUAUCAGCUUCCUCUGCAUCAGAAAAGCAAACAAAUGCUGGUGACAUCGAUGCUUUAAUAUUGCAAAAUAAAGCUUUGUCAACUCAGUUAGACGAACAGACACGUCUCUUUCAAGAUAAUUAUCACACGUUAUUGAAAGAUCGUGAAUUGCUACGUGAAGAAGCUUCUACACAACUUAAUGAAGCACGGACAAAACUAUGUGAUACAGUUAAAGAAAUGCUAUUAAUAAAAGAAGAAAAUCUGAGAAAUGAGCUUACAUGGACAACUGAACGAGAUAUGUUUUUGAAAACCAUUCAGAAGCAAGAUUCAGGUGUUUCUUCUUUUGAUCAUAGUAUAAAAGGAGAUGGUCGUUCUAAAAGAGGAGAUAGAAUUACCUGUGAACUGCGCUUGCUGAAGGAUGAACUCAGCCAAAGAGAGCAAGUCAUAUCUAUGUAUCAGGAACAAUGUAAUCUUCUUGAAGAAAAAGGAUCUACGCUGCAGAAACAUCUAGAAGUUCACAAAGCACAGUGUAAGGAUAAGAUUCAGAAACUUCAACAACUUGUAACUGUGCUGAAGGGAAAAUACAACCAACUAGAUCAACGUCGUCGACUGGAAUCUGAAGGUUUUCGCAGUGAUGUUCGCAUUUUAAGAAAUAGGCUGCAAGAAAUUGAACGAACAUUAUUGAAGUUUACUCGUAGUACUUCAUUGAGCAGUCUCAAGCUUGACCAUAAUGUUUUCAUGGCUGCUGCUGAUACAGUGUCUAAAGCCAAACUUUUGGGACAAGAAAUACAGUUAAUACAAAAGAAAGUUGCAGAAAUGGAUAGUAAACUUAAUUCAUAACCAUUAACUAAAUUGAAAACUAUUUCUAUACCAUAAUGCCUUGAAAUAUUUUUGUGAUCAACAGAUCAAACAUAUUUUUAAAGGAAAAGGUUGAUAAGGAAAACUACAAAAAUUGUUUAAAGUUAUACACUAGAAAAUUAUCUAUAAUGAUAUAAUAGUACCUAUUAAGUAUUGAAUAAGGCAAAACAAUUCAUGUGAUUGGAUUCUGUGAAUGUGAAAUAAGUGUAUCAUAAGUCCAUAACUUCUGAUUUUAUUAAGAAAUAUGGAAUCACAGCUGACCAAUGUGAUUGCAUUUUUGUUGCUGGAAAAAGGAAGUUGUGUGUGUGUGUUUUCCACUGAGAUAUGCUUUAUGGUACAAUGUACCUUUCUCUUUAAUUUUUAGAAAACAAGCAGUUUUAAAUACUAUUCAGAAAUUGACCCUUGUCUUGGAAAAAGAUAUCUUAAUAUUAUUUCUUCUCAAACUAUGUUUCUAGCAAAAUAAUGAUAAUCAUAAAUCUGUUCAAAUUUUGUGAAGUUUAAUGAUAUGGAGUAUAAAUGUGAUUGCCCUAUGUUUUUAAGAUAACAAAACUUGUAGGAUAUGUUGCAAGAAAAUGCAAAAAAAAAUAUAUUUUUAAAGUUGAAUACAAAAUGUGUUCCCCUAAUAGUGAAGGCAUUUGGCCUCUUUGCU